AAUCUCACAAGUUUACCUUCGUUUUCUAGAUAGAACCCUAACCAAAAACCGCGUCCCCAGUGUCCUGAAAAUCUGUUUGGAAGAGGUUUUGAGGGUUCAUUAUUGAGGCUCUCCCCCCUGAUUUUUCAUAUAUAUAUAUAUAUAUAUUUUUAUCAUCGUUUAUCUCUCUUUACCUCUCGCGACGUCCGAUAGCCACCCAGGUUUCACCGUCGUUUCGCUGUCUCAUUAUUCUCCGAGGAGCUUCCCACCUCAUUCGCAGAUUUAGAAUGCCAUAUUUGUUGAAGCAGCGCUAGGAAGGCAGAUAAUAGGAAGGAGGAAGAUAAGGAGAAGAUAUAAAUUUGUGGCUUCUUGCAUUGAUUUUGGUAAGUGCUGAUAGGCAAGAAGUGAAGAAAGCAAACAAUGAAAGUCUCAGAGAUUUCAUCACCAGCCAUCAAAACCAGCAGUAGCAAUGUGAUUAAGCCAAAAAAGCCCCCCUUCAGGCCAGCUCAGGACGACACUAAACCUCCACUCCAAGAUCCUAUCCUGAGAUCAGACCCGAUUGAGACCGAAGAAGCAGUAUUGAAAUUGCCUCCUUUCCCCACUGUCAAAUCCAAACUGCAAUCUUAGCAAGUCUUUCUAUUUUUCCUUCCAUAGGAUGGAAUGCUUAAAGAGGACACGUUUUAAUCUGUCUGUCUGCAUUUCCCCAUAUAAUUUCCUUUCCAAGCAAAUGAAAACAAGAAGUGAGAUUUUCUUUCUAGUAGAUCAAGUGAUGAGUUCAUUCUGGUGAUGAAAGUAUUUGAUUUGCCACAAAAUUUCUACAAUUUGUUCGAUUCUUGUUCAAUAUCCUUGAAGGCAUGCCAGAUGUAAGAUAUUAGAGAUUUAAUGAUCCAGGCUAUACUGAGAACAGUAGCAUUACCUGAUAAGUCGCAUAUCAUCUGGCCACCAAACUUUGUGACUUUUUUAACUGCGGGAUCAAAAUUUGUAUUUUCUUUGCCAAAUUUCUUUUGUGUACCGUGUACUCAUCAUAGACGGAAUUGCACAAGACUCCCUGAAACUGCUCACCCAUUUUCAACAUUUGUAUUCAUGUGUAUUUCUGUCUAAUUGUGUAGAUGAUGGCAUAAGUGUUAUGUUCAAGUAUCAAAAUCAUCUGGAAUAAAAAUAGAUGAAAUUUGUUGGAUUGCCGUUAA